GACGGGCAGUCUACCCGUGAAUUAACGUGGACCCCACCUAACCAAGUUAAAAGCUUCUCCUCCAACACCAUUUCAAUUGAUUGUGUUUCAUAUCUUUGUUUUCUUUGCUUAUGCUUCUCGCAAUUCAAUUACAAUUAAUUAAACUGAAUUUUAAGUUUUAAUCAAUUUUUUGUUUGUUAAAUUUCAUUUUAAGCGAUUUAAUUAAUGGCUGAGAUUUGUUGUGGUGUUGUUGGAGCCGGAGAAACUCCGACUCCAACUAUCGAACCAAAUUCACGAAACUCCGUUCGCCGGAGUUUGGAUUUUCUUCCGUUGAAAUACAUAGCUGACAUGGCAAUUCCGUCGGAAAAUAUUAGCCGGAAACGUCAGAAGCUAGAUCCAUCUACGAAAAAAGGAGUUGUCAGUUCCGAAUCCAGUACGAAUGAAAAAUCUACGAAAAACGAAGUUGUCUUGGUUGCGAAUUGUUCGAAUGUUUCUGAGGCAGAAAACGAGGUUGUUGUUGUUGAAGAUUGUCCCAAGUAUGGAAUAACAUCAGUUUGUGGAAGAAGAAGAGAAAUGGAAGAUUCUGUUUCGGUGCAUCCAUCGUUUUGUGAAGAAAAAAGUGAACAAAAUCAGAACCCGUUUCAUUUCUUCGGUGUUUUCGAUGGCCAUGGUUGUUCACAUGUUGCAACUAUGUGUAAACAAAGGUUACAUGAAAUUGUUGAUGAUGAAAUAACCAAAAACAGAGAGAAAGAGAGCGUUGACUGGAAGUCAACGAUGGAGAAGAGUUUCAUUCGCAUGGAUAAAGAGGUUUUGAAUUCCACCAAGACAAAACAGAGUUUCACUUGUAAGUGUGAGCUUCAAACUCCUCAUUGUGACGCUGUUGGUUCCACCGCUGUUGUUGCCGUUGUCACGCCGGAGAAAAUUGUUGUUUCCAAUUGUGGUGAUUCUCGUGCUGUUCUUUGCCGGAACGGUGUCGCCAUUCCCCUUUCCUCCGAUCACAAGCCGGAUCGACCCGAUGAGUUGGAUCGGAUCAACUCCGCCGGAGGACGCGUGAUCUAUUGGGAUGGUGCAAGAGUGCUUGGAGUGUUGGCCAUGUCUAGAGCCAUUGGGGACAAUUAUUUGAAACCGUAUGUUAUUUCGGAACCAGAGGUAACGGUAACGGAGAGGAGUGACGAGGAUGAGUGUUUGAUUUUGGCGAGUGAUGGUUUAUGGGAUGUGGUGGAAAAUGAUACGGCGUGUAGGGUAGUGCAGAUGUGUUUAAAGGCGGAGAAGACGGUGUCGCCGCCGGGGUCACCAGGGAGUGUAGUGACGGGAGUUGGGUCAGAUAAGGCUUGUUCCGAUGCUUCAAUUUUGUUGACGAAGUUGGCUUUGGCAAGGCAUAGUUCGGACAAUGUUAGCGUGGUGGUUGUUGAUUUGAGGAGAGAUCAACGUCAACAAUAACAAUUAAUGAUAAUUAUAGGGAUUAAUUAAUGGAAUGUGAAGAAAAAUUAUUGAUGAUUAACCGACCAAAAUGUAUGAUGGGUACAUUGUGUUUGGACACAUUGGAUACUUGGGAUUUUUUAUUGACAAAGGUGGGAGGAAAAUGGUGGGGCCAGCUUUAAGAUUUUUCUGAUGAUUCCAUGUGAUUUUUUAGUAAUUUAAUUAGUGUAUGAAAUCAAGGGAGGUUUAGAAUUGUAUCUUUUGGGAAAUGAUAAAGAAAAAUAUAAGAAAUUUUAGAUUUUAGAUUAGUUGAAA